AUGACUGUACGUUAUAGACGAGUAAAGAAUGGUUUCGAAUCGCGAAUGAAUUUAAAAAAUGAUAUCCGAAAGAAUGAAACGAGAAUUAUUAUGGAACGAAUACCCUUCUUAUCGAUCUAUCGUUAUGCGAAACCUUUCGAUUAUUUCUUGCUAACGGCUGGAAUUUUAUUGAGCUUAGCUCAAGGCUCUCUACAAGCUAUUCAAGCAAUCAUUUUCAAAGGAUUAUCAGAAACACUAAUCGAAGGUCAAGCAAAAUGGAGAACAGAAGAUUUUGAUGAACUGAAGUUCCAUAAUGGGGCAAUGGUUGCUGUUUACAUGUAUUUUGGAUACGGUAUUGGAAUUCUCAUUCUGGCAACCGUUUCUGUAAUUUGUGAGCGACAAAUUUACCAAAUUCGUAAACAUUAUUUCGCGGCCGUAGUGCGACAGAACAUGGGUUGGUUCGAUAAGCAUCCAUCUGGUGAAUUGAUGACGAAGAUGUCUGAUGGAAUUGAUAGGAUAAAAGAUGGCAUUGGUGACAAAGUGGGUAUUUUAUUUUCGUGUGGAACAGCGUUUAUAGGUGGCUUAGUUGUUGCUUUCAUAUGCAGCUGGCGGAUGACGUUGAUAAUGUUGAUUUUUAUGCCCAUUUUGGCCGGGCUAAUGGGUUUCUUAACGACACUUGUAUCAACAAGUGUACGAAAAGAAUUGCGUGCAUAUGAGAAAGCGGGCGCAGUAGCUGAAGAAGUAAUUGUUGGAAUUCGGACAGUUAUCGCUUUAAAUGGUCAAAAGAAGGAGAUUAGCAGAUAUCAAAAUGAAUUGAACAAAGCAUUGGCGUUUGGUCGACGUAAGGCUUUGUUUAUUGCACUUGGAACUGCAUGGCUUUUUUGUCUCAUCUUCAUUGCAAUGGGUAUUGCAUUCUGGUAUGGUACAAGAUUAUACAACAAUGGCUUUAUUCAGCCAGGUGCUAUAUUUGCUACCUUUUGGGCAGCAAUAAGUGGUACUUUAUCACUUGGUAUAGCUGUACCACAAAUUGGUACAAUAUUGACUGCACAAACUGCAGCAAGUUCCAUUUUUGAAGUUAUUGAUCGAAUACCGGAAAUCGAUUGCCAAAGUUCAGAAGGAAUAAAUACAGCGAAUCUGAAAGGUGAAAUUGAGUUUAAGGAUGUUCAUUUCUGCUAUCCUACAAGACCAGAAGAAGAGGUUCUAAAAGGAAUAAGCUUUAAGGUGAAAGCAGAGCAAUCAGUAGCGCUGGUUGGUUCAAGCGGAUGUGGCAAAAGUACUUUAAUUGGAUUACUACUUCGAUAUUACAAUCAAGGACGUGGUGAGUUAACAAUUGAUGGUAUUCCGCUCAAUCUGAUCAACAUUCGAUGGUUGCGCCAAAUGAUAGGUGUGGUAUCACAGGAACCUGUACUCUUUGCGGCAACUGUUGAGGAGAAUAUACGACUCGGAAAUGAAAAAAUGACAAUUGAAGAGAUGGAACGAGUAUGUCAAGUAGCAAAUGCACACAAUUUCAUUAAAAAACUUCCAAUGGGUUAUAAAACACGUAUCGGUGAAGGUGGUGUACAGCUAUCCGGUGGACAAAAACAACGUAUUGCUAUAGCUCGUGCUCUAAUAAAAGAUCUGAAAAUUCUACUUCUCGACGAAGCUACCACUGCAUUGGAUACUGAAAGCGAGAAAAUUGUACAGCAUGCUUUAAAAAAAGCUAGUGCUGGACGUACCACUCUCACCAUAGCACAUCGUCUUUCAACAAUUCGAAAUGCUGAUCAUAUCAUUGUAAUGGAUCAUGGAAGAGUUAUUGAAAGAGGUACACAUGAAGAGCUAAUGAAACAUGCUGGCAUGUAUAUGAAAUUGGUGCUUGCUCAGAAUGUUGAGAAGUUAGCAAAAGAAAAUGCGUGCAAUUCUGAAGAAGAGGCAGGUAUGGAAAAUAUUUCAUGA